AUGUUCGACGAUACCGCCGGCAUCCUCAAAAUCCUUACUUACGGGCACGAUGCUCUGACGAUCAACAUCACCCGCCUGAUCGAUCUUUUCUACAGCCGCAUGGGCAUGGACCCUACCUCAGAAUUCGCAUGGGGCGGAACCACCACCAGGCUUCUCUGCGCAGGGAGCAAAGGCAAACAGCCCGAUGGAUGUCUCUUCCCCAAGGCCCGGAUCCAGAGAGACCGCGAGGCCUGGCCCACCCUGGUUAUAGAAGCAGGUGUGCCUGCGUCACUACCCCGGCUCCGCCACGAGGCAAGAUGGUGGCUGCGCAACUCGCACGGAGAGGUCCGGAUGGUCCUCGUUCUUGGCAUACAUCGCCAGAGACGAACGUUGAUUAUCGAGAAAUGGGAGCAGCAGGAGCGCUCACCGAUACAUCAACGCCAGCUACCACGGCAGCCCGAGGCCUCUCUGCACGCUCACUCUGCGCAGACUAUUGAGAUAAGGCCUGAGUCUGUUUCUGGUGCUCCUCUUGUUCUUCCUUUUGAGGAGUUACUCGAACGACCCCGACAGGGCAGGGAGACUGAUAUUGUCCUGGCGGAGGAACAGCUUCGGCUCUGCUUGCGCUGGGUGUGGCAAUUGAUGGAUUGA